AUCUAGGUCACGGUUGUGUGGCAUCAUGCUCAGCUGAUUCAAUCUAAUGCGUAACACAUCCUAUGUGGUUGCAUGAGGCAAUUUGUCACGGCGCAAGCGGGAAAACACAUCGUGACAUCUUCAGUUUGGAAAACCGACGAUACGAGAACUGGACAUUAGGAUACAAUGGUGGAUAUAUUCGCCUUCAGUCCCACAACUGUGUUAUUGUGUGUGUUGGCUGUGCUAGCUGUGUUAUGGCUGCUAACACAGCGUCCUUCCGGCCUCCCACCCGGACCCCCUCUCCUCCCGAUUGUUGGGAAUGCCCUCUCUAUGGGCUCUGAUCCCCGGAUCACGUUUAAGAAACUCAGGCAACAAUAUGGCGACAUCUUUAGUGUGUACCUGUUCAACGUACCACUCAUCGUCCUCAACGGCUACAGCGCCCUGAGAGACGCCAUUGUCAAGAACGCCGACGUCUUUUCUGACAGGCCACACACGCUCCUAAAUGACUUCAUUGCCCGCGGGAAAGGUGUGGUUGGUACCUCUGGGGAGCUCUGGCGCGAACAAAGACGCUUCACCCUCAACACUCUCAGAGAGUUUGGAGCUGGCAGGAACAUCAUGGAGGACAAAAUACAUGAAGAAAUCUCGCAGUUUCUCGAGGCCUUCGAGACAGAACGGGGACACGGGUUUGACUGCAUCCGUCUGGUGCAGAACGCAGUAUCCAAUGUCGUCUGCUCCACUAUGUUCGGCAAGCGAUUUGAAUAUACAGACCCGCUUUUUAUUACAUUUUUGAAAGCUAUGGACGAAAACUUUUCCAACAUAGGUGCGGCUGCUGUGUUGAACGUGCUGCCUAUUGUGCGCUUUCUGCCAGGGGAUCUAUUCAAAUUUAAGAAGACUUUGAAGAAUGUGGAUACCAUCACCUCACUUCUGCUACACCCUAUGAUAGAGGAACACUUGCAGAACCACGACGAUGAUAACGUGGACGACUUCAUCCACGCAUACAUCAAGGAAAUGCGACUUCGCAAAGAAAAGCAAGAGGACACGACCUUAGACUUGGAGAACCUGACCAGGGUUAUUGCAGACAUUUUUGUGGCCGGGACAGAAACCACAUCCACUACAAUUCGAUGGACACUGGCCUACUUUCUCCAUAACCCGGAUGUACAGGAAAAGUGUUUUCAAGAGAUCCAGGAAAACAUCGGCCAGAGCAGACGACCCUCCAUGAAGGACAAGACCAAUCUGCCCUAUGUCGAGGCAACCAUUAUGGAAGUGUUGAGACGAGCGGAUAUCGCCCCUACCGCUCUCCCACACACCGUUCCCCACGAUGUCCAGUUCAGAGGGUACACGUUCCCAAAAGGUGCCAACGUCAUAUUGAUGCUUGAUUCGGUCCUACAAGACCCGGAUGUGUGGGGCGACCCAGACAACUUCCGUCCCGGCCGUUUCCAUGACGACACUGGCAAGAUUAUAAAGAAAGAAGAGUUCAUUCCCUUCUCUCUGGGUCGACGAGUUUGUCUGGGUGAGUCGAUGGCCCGGAUGGAGUUGUUCCUCUUCCUGACCACCAUGAUCCAGAGGUUCAAGUUCGUCCCUGUGGAUGGCCGGAUGCCCUCCUUGGAUGGAAUCAUGGGUUUAACUCAUUCUCCAAGACCAUUUCUCAUGAAAGCUAUUCCCAGGGUUUAAUCAGUGUUUGUGCGUGGGUGAUUGAGGGAGUAGGUGUUUAGGCCGCUUUUAGUUACAAUUCAGCACAUUAUUACCUUAACACAUUGUACAUAUGUGGGGAAACCGAUUCCGACGAGCCGAAAUAUAACCACGAGGCUACUCCUCAACCCCUUAAUCGUUUUUUGAUCAUCUCAAUGACAAACGGUACCAUUAUACAUUCUUUUAUACUUUGAUGGAUUUAGCUUUAGCGUAUCUAUCCGUGUGACAGACAAGCAGUUGUGUUUGACUUGAUUGCUUUGACCUUUACAUAUACAGCAUCAGAUAUGGGCGACAUUUCACUAAAACCUGAUGAGUCAUUUCCGUAGCCACGAUAGGGCAAAUCGUUUACUGUUCGGGGAUCUUGGAUACCAAGUCAGCCUCGCUUUGUUCGUAAAACAGCGAGAUCGGUAACUGUCCGCCUAGACUUGCUCAAGUCUCUAAGGCAAACAUUGUUAGUUUUGACAACAAUUUCUAGAUUAUAUAAAUAAUACGAACAAGUUGUCCCUGUAAAAUACUGACGCCCUUAGUUGUACUGUCCGCGUAUGAAGACUUGACUGUUAUAAGGAUAGAAUUACUAUACACCCGUGAACAUAUCAUUCAGUACAGCCUUGGAGCAAGGCUAGUGUCCGCCCACAGGCUGUUGGGAGUCCGGAUCAGAAUAUGACCAGAGCACAGCAUGUUUUUCACAAGGGCUGCCCUCUUUGGGAAUCUCGUGGUCAGGUUAUGUGCCGUGGCUGAUUGCAUGACAUCUUAACCUGACCGCGAGGACCGUUGCUCAUUUUCCCGAGAGAAAGCUUUUGGUUUAGUUUUAUCCUUUUCAAAAGGCAAAAAAUGCUGAAAAUAAACAUUAUAUGUUUUUUCCAUA